CCUUGAUCAUGAAGAACGUAAUUGAGGUCGACUGCUCUGCCGAUCAAAGCCAGACGUGAGAGAUUCUAGCCAAGAAACCAAUUAUCUUGACGCGGUAGUCACUCAUCUGUGAAAUUACAACCACACAGAUAAACUUCAAGGUAAUUCUGUGGUUUCCAAGUAGCUGUUGAAACUGAAUGGCCAACAGGAUCAGCAACACUACCCUUAACACCUCUGGCCAAGAGGACCUGAUGCUUGUUCCUCUCUCUCAUUGUAUACCAUGGCUCGUUGUUUUUAUCACUGAAUGUCUGGCCAUAGUUAUCCUUAAUAUCAUUGCUGUUAUCGUAUUCAUGAAGCAGCGAAAGCUACAGCGCCAGAGUACAUAUUUAAUUAUCCAUCUGGCGAUCGUCGAUUUGUUAGUUGGCGCAAUCAGUGGGCCUCUACGAAUCGAACUUAAAAUGGCUACAUUUUGCAAUCUAUGGAGGAACAAUUGGAUGGUUCAAUGGUCAAUUCGCGUGAAAAUCACACUCGGCAUCUUUCCGAUUGUUUCCCUGUUGAGCCUUGCGGUUAUUUCUUUAGAACGACUACGUGCAACGUUUUGUCCAGUCAGGCAUCGUCAAACUAAAAAAUGGGUUUAUAUCAUAAUUGUAACUAUCAUUUGGUUAUUAACCACAGGUAUACUGGCGACGGAACAAAUCUUCAUUCCCGAUCCCUUGAUUCCGGAAAUUGCUUACUUGUCAUAUUUCUUUAUGUCUCUCUUUGUUAUUCUAGUUUCUUAUCUCUGUUUAUAUGUCAAAGUUCGUUGCGGUCGUCAUCCACAACACCAUGGUGCCGCCGGACAGAGGGAGAGGAGACUAACCAAUACCUUGUUUGUUGUUACUCUUGGAUCUCUGGUAACUUGGCUUCCUCUCAUAAUACACCAAAGCCUAGUAAUUGCUUCAUACACCGGGGAAUCAAGUCAGUUUCCUCUAUCCAAGAUAGCGCGUUUUCAUGUUCAUAUUUCAGUGCAAAUCAUCUACUUUGUCAACUCUUUGAUUAAUCCCAUAGUCUACGCCCUGCGGUUGCCUGAAUUAAGAGCUGGCAUAUCACAAAUAUUUAGAUUUAAUCGAAAAGGUUCAAAUUUCCUUAAUUUACCCCUUCGAAAUCCCCUAUCUAGAAAAGAAACAGAAGAAACAGCAGCAUAGAUUCCCUAUUUAACAAGAAAAAAGUAAAAAAUAUCAUUCGUAGAACAAAAUAACAAACACAACAAUAGCAUUUGGCUUGAGUCUUUAUCAACACGUAAAUAUGUAGAUAUACUUUUACUUUAAUAGGGGUUCCAGAUUUGUUUCUUUUGAUAUAUUUUCUUCGUUAUUUGCUUACGGAUGUAUAAAUGAUAAUUAACUAUAUGCCUACUUCUAUGGGUCGCAAAAUUUAUAUAUAUUACUGGGUUUUUUUUUUUUUAAAAUCCUUUUGUAACUGACGAAGAUGUGAGAUAAGUCGAAACAUAAUUUGUACAUUGUUAAGAAUCGAGAUCUCAUCAACAAUGUAAAAGGAACGAUCCA